AUGACUGAAUAUCCCCAGGAAGUCAGCCAGCAGAAAGUGUUUUCUCUCAUCAAUGAAACUAUCCAGCAUGUUCUGGACAGCGGGGUUCAAGACCAUAUUUUGAUCAAAGAGGUAGAUUCAAAAUAAAUCUGCCUUCACAAUUGAUAAAAUACUCAACAUAUUUUCCGAUCUUGGUCAGUUGGGUCACUUUAAAGAUGAUCCAAGCAAGAGACUAGAGAUUAAAGAAGAUUUUGAGGACCCAGAAGAACCCCCUUGUUGUGCUAAAGACUCUCUUUGUUGAGGAAGUAUCACAACAAAAUAAAGUUCUAAACCUCCAACCAGGGAUUGAUAAAAAGCAAGGCAAAAUGGAUAGGUCAUUUGGAAAGACUUCUAAAUCUUCCUCAUUUUCUCAUAAAACCGGUAUCAAAAGAAGACUCUCAACCAUCAAAAAGAGCAAGACCGAUAAAAUAAAUGAUUCAAUGGACCUUCAGCAAGAAGAAGUUUUUGUGCCCAAACAAAUAGAUGACUUGCCAAAGCAAGUCUACAAUGAUAGCAUUGAUGAAACUACUCUGGAAAACUUAAGAGUAUACGUAGAGAAAUAGAAAAAGAGAUCAACAAAGACUACAAGCGAUUAAUAAUCGUAACAAGAAGAAGAGAACCAAGCUCCAGUUAGGCCUAAAGACUCCAAAUUUCUCUAAAAUCCAAGAGAGUCACUGCUUAGAUGAGGAUACUUUUGUCAAAGUAAAGAACCUUAACGGGAACAAGUUGCCAAAACUAACCCAAGAGAGCUAUGCCAAUGUCGCGAUUGAAAACUCUCCUACUGAGAAAGAAGAAGUUAGUUCUUCUUCAGAAACAGAGAAGUCAUAUGAUUUCUUUGAAGCAGAGAGACCCCAGUUUGCAGAGGAAGAACCAGAAAAGCAAGAGACCAAGGAAAUUUAUCAAAUAGAUAAGGAAUAUACCCGGAAACAAGACAUCUCAGACUGCUUCCUCGGCCUUAGAAAAUAUAUAGAAUGCAAUUACGGAGUCACCUAUCAAGAACAAAAAUCUAAGUUAGAUUUAGAAGAAGAAAUCAAUGGCAAGAAGUCAGAUAUAAGCCAAGAAGAUGCCCCAGGAUUUUCAAUGGGAGGAAAGCCUUACAGAGAAAAGUUCAACAAUACUAGACUUACAAAGCAAGAGUAUAAUCAGAGAUACAACGAUUAUUCCUCAUCAGACUACAACUUAGCAUUUCCUGGAAAUAGUGAGAUCAAGAAGCAGAAGUACACUAUAAACAAGAAGGACUCGCCCUCAAGAAAAAGACCUAACUUGAGCAGGAAGGGUGUCUUAUCUCCAUACAAUCCUCUGAAGAAAGGCUUUUUCAGAAGAAAGCUAACUUACAGUGAGUCUAAGAGUGGAAAUGCUGAUAUCAGAUCAAUGAUGGACUUGUCUAUUGGGUCUAAGAACGUACAGCUACCAAAAGUUAUUCAUAAUGCUGAAAGAGCAACUGAAAUAUUAGAUCUGAAGGUCAGAAGAUCGACCAGGACAAAUCUUGGCCAAAAUAAUAAGUCCACAGAUGGGCUAAUUUCAGCUCAAAAAGAGUCUAUACAGAACUUGGUCAAUGAAGCCAAGAAGGGACUUAUCCCUCCAGCAUUUAUGAGAACUAAAGGCGAAUAUAAUUCAAGUGUUCAUGAUAAGUUUCAUGACAGUAUAAGAAAUGAUGAAAAUUGGGGUAAAGCUCCAAAUUCCUUCAAAGACAAGAAGAUGAUUGCCAACACAAGAUCAUAUGACAACUACAGAAAAAUAAGGAAUCUUAGCGAGAGCUUUAAUAAGAAUGAUAUUAAGGGCAAUUAUAUGACCAGACCGGGCUUAAACAGCAGUUCCAUAUCCAUUUCAGGAAGACUCAAGGACCCAUAUGGAGAAUCCAAGAAAAUUGACUCAAAACGACUAUCAACACUAAGCCUUAAUGAUAGAUCAUUAAACCUGAGUAUUUCUAAAAAGAACAGCUCAAGAGCAAAGCUAAGAGUUUCUAAGAAUAUUUCUAGGAAAGGGGACAUUUCUCAUCAAAGAUUCACAAGUAAGAGGAAGGAAAUACUUAGAAACCCAUACAAAAAUGUAAACGAAGCAUCUUAA